AUGAAGAAAAAAUUUAAAGAAAAUGAUGAAUAUCAUAAAUUAUUUGAUACAGGAAAUAAAGGAUUUUUAACACAACAAGAAAAAAUAAUUUACAAUAUUUUUAGAGCAGAAUAUAAAUUUUGUAAAGAAGAUAUUUUAGAUAUGGAAAUUAAUGAAGAAAAUAUAAACAAAUUGGUGUGUAAAUUUAAUCUAAAAUUUAAUAAAAAUACAGUAAAAGAAAUGGUAGAGUUUAUAAAUGUACAUAAUCGGGAAGGAUAG